AUGCACAGAAGAGAGGAUGAUGAGAGCAGAAGCUCUCUACCGCCUCCGGGCAUUUGCCAACGGCUGUUUAGAUUUCUGGUGGCUAAACUAGGAGUAUUCGAAGAAAAAGUUAUGAAUGAAGAUAAGAGUGAGAGGAACAAACUGAUGAAGAAGAGAUCAAGGUCUGAUAUCACGGUACAUUUGAAGCAAAUACAUAGAAGACUCGAGGAUAACAACAAACACAAGAACAAAUGA